GUGCUCGGCGGAGCUGCGCGGCUGAAGUUGAGCUCCCGCUCCGGCUCUAGACGAUGCGGCGCGCCUAGGAUGCUGCCGCGCCUGCUAGUGCCUCUGGCGGCGCUCCUCUGCCUGCGCCUCGCCCCGGGCACGCACGGCUCAGAACUACCAAACCCUGCAACGGUGUGGUUUACAGCAGAAUUCUUCUACCACGUCCUCUGCUGGGAGCCCAUCUCAAAUCAGUCCAAAAGCACCUACUAUGAGGUGGAGCUCCAGUGGUAUGGAAGAGAAUGGAAGUUGGUACCCCACUGUAGCCACGCCCCAGAGCUGUGCUGUGACAUCACCAACGUCACCCUAGACCUGUACCAUAACAAUGGUUACCGUGCCAAAGUCCGGGCAGUGGAUGGCGGCCGACACUCCAACUGGACCUUGGCCGAUACCCGCUUUUCUCUGGAUGAAGUAACUCUGAAGGUUGACAGUGUGAAACUAGAGAUGCGUGAGGGCUUCAUCUUCGGAAAGAUCCAGCUCCCCAGGCCCCAGGUGGCCCCUGCAGGUGUCACAUAUGAAAGCAUCUUCACUCACUACCGCCAGUAUGAGAUUGACAUUCGCAAGGCACCAGAACGCUUUAAGUUCUCAGGCGAGAAGGUAGACCAUGAGAACUUCAGCCUCCCAAUCCCUGGGGAGGUGGGAAAGUUCUGCAUCCAAGUGAAGCCAUCUGUUGGCUCCCGAAACAACAAGGGGCUCUGGUCCAAGGAAGAGUGCGUUGUCCUCACUAAGCAGUAUAUCACUGUGACCAGCCUUAGCCUCUUCUUCCCGCUCAUCCUGCUGCUCUGUGGACCCCUGGCUUACUGUCUGGUCCAGCUGUAUUUGCGGCGCCGGGGAACACUACCCACUGUCCUGGUCUUCAAGAAACCCAGCCCCGACGUCCUUGUCAUUGGGCUGCCCUACCCAGAGACGAUGCAGGACACCAUCCACCCCCUUGACAUAGAGAUCUUCCAGAAGGUAUCCCCAGAGCUGAAGAACUCAGACCUGCACAGCAGCACGGACAGUGGCUUCAGCAGUACCAAGCCAUCCCUGCAGAUGGAAGAAUCUCAAUUCCUCCCUGCCCCUGACCCUCGGGCCAGUGGGGUUCCAGAAAACGGGGAGCCCCCAGAUCUGCAGGCCAGCUGCAGUGCCAGUGGCAGCGGCAGCAGUAGCAGCACAGACAGCGGGAUCUGCUUGCAGGACCCUAGUCUAAACCCUGGCUCUGAGCCUCCUUGGGAGCAGAAGGUGGGGAGCACAAGCCAGGGCCAGGAUGACAGUGGGAUCAGCCUUGUCCAAAACUCUGAGGGGCAACCUGGGAGCACACAGGGCAGCUCUGCCUUGGGCCACGUACAUCGCCCAGGGCCUGAGGUCCCUGAAGAAGACGACCAAGCCACAGUGGCCUUCCAGGGCUACCUGAAACAGACCCGAUGCAUCGAAGAGAGGACAGCUGUAGCGGCCAGCCUGGAGGCAGAGACCCCUUUGACAGAUUGUCUAUGCCCGCAGGUCAAGACAUGUGUGGAUACUGAGGCAGGCCGGCCUUUUCCAGCUCUGGCCAAAGGCUAUUUGAAGCAGGAUCCCCCAGAUAUAACUCUGGCUCCCUCAAGCAUCCCAUCAGGACAGUGGAACCAGUUGACUGAGGAGUGGCCAUUCCUGAGUGUGACUACUUGUGGUGACCUGGGACCAUGUGACUGGGCUCCUACCCAAGAUCUUGCUCCUGGGGACUGUGUGGCAGCCCCAGGAGGCCUCUUGGGAAGCUUUGACUCAGACCUAGUCACCCAGCCUCUGAUCUCCAGCCUGUACUCAAGUGAGUGACUCAUGCGAAGGGACUAUCUCUAUCUCAGCUGUGCCUGCUCACCUGCAGGUAGCAGGAGGAGGAACCCGGGGGUCAGAGGACGAUGCAGGCCCCUCUGCAAGCCCCUGGGGUCAGUUGUAGCCUGUCCCCCAGGGCAGUGCAGGCCAUCCUGAUGGAGUGGUGCAGGGUGCACAGGUGGUGCUGACUUGUUUUGCUGAGUGGGCCCUGCAGGCCUUAUCAAGGCCAAGAGAGGCAGGGCAGAGACCUCCCUCCUUGGGCUUUUUUCUAUCUCGUCAAGGAGUGUAUGCUCAUGGAACCAUGGAGCUUUCUUGAGACAAGGUCUGGCUGCCAGGUUGAGGUCAGCUCAGGUCCAGAAGCCUCCUUCAGGACAGCCAGGUGUCAGCCAGUUGGAGUACUGUAAGAUGCAGCCUGCCCCACCCCCCUUGUUCAAGGUUGCAAGCACCAUCUCUAGGAGAAGCAGGAGCACAGCACAGUUUUAUUGGAAGGGUGGUGUGUCACAUGGAGACGCUGUUCUGCUGGCAGCCUUCUCAGGCAGGGAACCUGUCCCUAGAGUGCUUCAGGCGUGUCUGCCCUAGCCAGGCAGUCAAACAGUUACUACAUCACUACGGAGCCAAGGAAGGACAAAGGGACUGAGACCAGGGACACAGAUCCUGCAGACUGGGCUAAAAGGAAGUAGACUCCAGAACCCAUCUUCCCAGGGCUAGCAUCCAGGAGGAGCACUUGACGUUGUGCCUAAACAGCUGCUGGUCACCAUCACAGCGGGGCAGACGUAGGCCCUGCUUUCCCAUUGUUCAAACAAAGUCAGUUUACGGUCCCCAGACAGGGACUGUAGGCAGGGAGACAGGCCUGUGGGUGCCUGCCAGGGCCAUCUCUCAGCUCUCUGCAUUUCUGCGUCACAUUCUCAACGUGGGCCUUUUGGCCUAGGAAAUUCUGCCAUGGCAUUCUACCAAGAAGCUUAUAGAUGCCGGCCUGAUAACUCCCUCUGGAAACAGGCCUACUGGAGGAUUGCUCAGGGUUUCCUUGAAAGCUUUAUUUAUUUAUUUUGCUCAUUUAUUUAUUGAAGAAGUGGAAAAUGAUUGUUGGUCUCUCAGAAGCCCUGGCAUUCUAGUUUUACGUCCACCGUUUCUAGUUGUGUGAUGCUGGGCCCUUCUCUCAAGCCUGGUUUCUUGUCUGCAAAACAGGAAAAGAUGGUUGGUUUGUUAAAUUUGUAGGGACGCAAAGCAUGAUGGGAACAUGGAUGUGACUGAUGGAGCGCAGAUCUCCGCGAGUGAGUGGUGUAUGGGUUUUUAUAUAUAUGAAAUUUUAUUCUAAUAAAUUGUCAAGACCAGUGGGCAUCCUGGAAGAACCACACAGAUUCCUGAUGUA